CCGGCCGACUAAACGUGAUGCACCGUCAGUGCUGGCGUUUUGCUGCUUUCAGUAUUGGUUCCACGUUUGCGCCGAUGGACUGAUGAAAACACCUGACCGGCAAGAUGGUUCUGAAAGAUCUUCCCAGAGAUGCCCUUUUACGACCGUUGUCCAGGAACGAGGUCCUGGGAAUGCUGGUGAGGUUGACCAUCUUUGGAGCAGCCACCUACUUUAGCAUUAAAUGGGUUGUUGAUGCGAUGGACCCGACCUCGAAGCAGAAGAACCAAGCCAAGAAACGGGCCGAGCAGCUGAUGAAGAGGAUUGGUGUGGAGGGCGUCAAACUCACAGACUAUGAAAUGAACAUUGCCGCUCUUCUAGUUGACCCACAAACAAUGAAGGUGUCAUGGCGAGAUAUUGCUGGUCUGGAUGACAUCAUUAAUGAGCUCCAGGACACUGUCAUACUGCCCUUCCAAAAAAGGCAUCUGUUGCCUGAUUCCAAGCUUUUUCAACCUCCCAAAGGUGUGUUGUUGUUCGGUCCUCCUGGAUGUGGGAAGACCAUGAUCGCCAAAGCAACAGCGAAAGCAUCUGGCUGCAAGUUUAUCAACCUUCAGGCCUCCACGCUCACUGACAUGUGGUACGGAGAGUCGCAGAAGCUGACUGCUGCUGUCUUCUCAUUGGCUGUCAAGAUCCAGCCGUGUAUCAUCUUCAUUGAUGAGAUUGAUUCAUUCUUGAGAAAUCGCUCCAGCCAUGACCACGAGGCCACAGCUAUGAUGAAGGCUCAGUUCAUGAGCCUGUGGGAUGGACUGGAGACCUCAGCCAGCACCCAGGUGAUGAUCAUGGGAGCAACCAACCGACCGCAGGAUGUCGAUCCGGCUAUUCUGCGCCGGAUGCCAACCACAUUUUAUGUUGGCCUACCGAACGCAAGACAAAGGCAUGAAAUCCUGAGGCUAAUUUUAGCCGGGGAAAACUUGAGCAACGCCAUCAAUCUGAAGGAGAUUGCUGAGAAGACAGACGGUUACUCAGGCAGUGACCUGCGGGAGCUCUGCCGCGACGCCGCCAUGUAUAGAGUUCGGGACUACGUCCGCAAGGAGCAGAUGAGGCAGAUCGCUCAGCAGUUCCAGGACUGUGAGGAGGAGGAGGAGGAAGAGGAGGAGAAAGCCGUGGAUGAGGACAGGCUGCGCCCAGUCACCCAGCUGGACCUUCUCUUCGGCCUGGACAAGAUGAAGGAGGCCAAGCAGGCCACGGUGACAAUGCUACCCAGCGUAGCCGACGUCCCGUUGGACUGAACCCGUCCCUCGCUGGCCUCGACUUGAAAGACUCCUCAGCCAGGAGUGGAGGAGAGUGAGCAUAAUGGCCCCACUCAGCUGCUUGACAGCAUUCUGAAAGCUCCGGUGCCAUCGGACAUGAUCGAGCAGACUCUGGCUACAGCGGCAGCAGCUGCGCUCGCCGCCACAUUUCUCAGCAGGAUUUCCUGUUAAGAAAAAAUACUUGGGCUUCCAUGGCUGGAGUGAAUGGCAGAGGGCGAUGCAUCAUGCAUGAAGGACGGGAACACACCAGAAGUAGAGGAGAGAGCGCACUGUUUACAUGACUAAGUCGGACAAUGAUUCAUGAAUCCCUCAUGCAGUUGUAUGGAAGUUUCAUCUCAUGUAUGGCAACAGGUGAGUGAACAUAGGGAGGAUUUUAUCAAAAUGUAUAGCGAUUUACUCAGAGAUGAGGAGCAAAUGACUUCUAAUAAGGCUCCUGGGGGACGGAAAUCUGCUGUCUGUCCGUCCGUCCGUCCAUCUGUCCAUCUAUCUAUCUAUCUCGCUCUAUCUAUCUAUCUAUCUAUCUAUCUAUCUAUCCAUCAAUCUAUCUAUCAUCUAUCUAUCUAUCUCUCUCGCUCUAUCUAUCCAUCCAUCCAUCCAUCUAUCUAUCUCUCUCGCUCUAUCCAUCCAUCCGUCCGCCCGUCUGUCUGUCUGUCUAUCUAUCUCGCUCUAUCUAUCUAUCUAUCCAUCCAUCCAUCUAUCUAUCUAACUAACUAGCUAACCAUCCAUCUAUCUAUCCAUCCAUCCAUCCAUCCAUCCAUCCGUCUGUAUGUCCAUCUAUCAUCCAUCUAUCAUCCAUCCAUCCUUCCUUCCUUUAUUUAUUUUAUUUAUGAGUGUUCAAGCUUUGCUAAUCGACGGCUUGUUCUGUGCAAGCGGGGAAAAAGACCACAGUUCAAGUUCCUCACUCACAAAACAGAAAACCAGAUGGGAUUGAAGGGAAUUCACUGAAAGAUGGUGUGUAUACAGUAUUUGUGUCCCAAGUAGGAAACCAGGGAAGCUAGCUUUCAAAAAAAUCUAGCUGGGCUAGCAUUAGCCUUCGAUAGGUUACAGACUGUUCAAUGAGUAAACAUUCUGACAGAGUGCAAAAUUCUGUACAACAAGAGUGAAAGUGAAAACUGCACAUUUUCUCUGGGAAAUUCCCAGUAACGCCCGCCGGGGACGUCAUACGAUUUGGCAUUUCCAAGUCUGACAAUCCUUCACCACCCCGUGUACGUGAUCCAAUACAACAAAACAAACGCACAUUCAGCAAACUUAUGUUGUCCCUUCAUUACGUUUUCUAGCAUGUAUUCUAUGUUUAACAGGUAGUAUCCAGACUCCAUUCUACCACUAGAUGGCACAUCUUUCUCCGCGACUGACAUCAGUUGUCAGAUAAGCCGUAGCUGCAAUGCGACCAUUAGCGCUACUUCACCGCUCAUCGCGAGGAGUAACUGUAAAUGACAGUGUCGCCCCACAUGCUCGACACAAACCCUUUCAUAUUUCAUUGGGUAGCAUGGCGGAUAAGUGCAUUCUACAAGCUGCACAUACAUCUGUAGUAAAUCAUUUAAAGAUGUGCAGGAAUGCUGAAGGCGAUAUACUGAAAAGCUGCAAGCAUGAAGUUCAACUGGAGGUGGAGAAGUUGUGCUUCAAGAGCAAGCGUGCACUCUCCAGGAAACUGUCUUGGAUGUGACAUCACACGGAGGUCCCUGGAGGGCCCCCGGUGGCCAAACCAAUGAAUGUUUAAUGGAAGAAACCCAGCAAGUAUCUGAUUUAUGUCACUUAGCAUGAGCCCAGCCAUGGAGGGAGCAGACUGAACAUGUCACUGCCAUGAGAGUCUUCACAGGAGCAGUUAUUCUGUCCACCCUUCAAUAGGGUAGAAGAAGAGGUGAGGUCUGUAGCACGGGAGGGGGAAGCUAAUCGGACGGUGUGUGGCUGUCAGAGUGGGUGUGAAGAAAAAGGUCAGCUCUCCAGUCUCCACCACUGUUGGCAGCAUCUCAGCUUCCCUCCUUGUUUCUACACGAGGGAGAGAGAGCAGACAUUAAAAGUCUUUUAUCGUGAGAACGUCGACCCCUAGUGCUUUCAUUUGCAUCAAGCCGUAGCAGUCAUGUUCAUCGAGUCAAGUGUUCCUCAAAACUGUAAAAUCACUUUAAGUGUCACAGUCUUUCUGAGUUAUCUCUUAUGACCUCUAUCUUGCUGUGAUGACCUUCACAGGCUUUUAAACGGGACACAUGGAUCGGGACAAAUAUUUCAUUCUGUGUCUCUGUCCUCCUUUCUGAUGAUCACAAAGUUCUCAGAGAGAAAAGCUAAAUAUCCUCCACAUCCAUAAUAAGAACAGGGACACUCAUCCUUUCCACAACUUUAAAUGUUAAAUGGUGAAAUACUGGCCAAACGGAUCCCGAACCAGUUUGUCUAUUCGUCCAAACCAAUUUACACCCACACGAACGCGAUCUAUUCCAAGCUGGCAAGACAUCCGCUUAGUUAGUUAGAGGAUAUUGUUCACUGCGCUGAGGCAAAGCCAAUAUUAGAAAUUUAACCAUUUCAUCACCAGCAUCUGUUGAAAUCCAAGAUCCCCACACGUGCUGCCAAGCUUCUCGUUCUCUUCCAAAAACAAAAACAAAAAACACAUUAAUUCACUGUACUGUUUCAUCUGGGAUAUUAAGGUAUUAAAAACUCAUUCAAUGUCCAGUUUCUUUAUUCAAGACUUCUAAGUUAGAUAAGCUGACUCAUGAGAGUCUUAACUAAAAACCUUCAUAUAAAUAUACCGACAAAAUGUCAGCAGAUGGCGCCGAACUUUACUGUAACUUAAUAUAUUCAGGCCAGUACAUUCUGGGCAGCAGGUAGCUCAGGAUGAGUGUUCGAUUGCUCUCAUAGGGGACGGACAAGCAGCAUCUGGAUACCAAGAGUAUGUGUUGAUGCUGCGAGACAGUGGCGAGGUGAGCUGAAGGCGAAACAGAGGGAAUAAAGGUGAGAGGGUGGAGACGACUAUCAGGGGUGAUCGCAGAAAGAAGAGUAGAGUAAAAGGGAAGCUCCAUAGAACAGUGGCAGUGUGACCUACCAUGAUGUUUGGUGGAGAAAGAGGAGAAAGAGAAGAGGAAGACAAACAGUGAGGUUCAUAAAUGAAUGGCGUAAAGAGGCUCGGUGCAAUGACAACUUUCUUUCACAACCCAGAUGAGGAAUGAAACUAGAUCAGUUUUCAUCAAAGUUCAAAACACCCCUGCCGUCUUAUUGCCCAUGAGUGCUCCACCUGUUGCCCAAGAGGAAGAUCUAAACUAUGGGUUUACUCCCCAUGGUGUUCUUAACUUCCUCCUCUUCCUGCGACAUUUAUUCGCCAUUUUUACAUGCAACACUUCCGAACAAACUGUAGCUGUAUCAAGCAGAAGCUCGGCUCCUGGUCACCAGCCACCACAUCAUUUUAGCCAACCAUCGUGUGAUGCUAUUCAUUUUGGUGAUGACCCAGAUUCCCUGGCCACCGGGGAGGCUAGGUACAGGAAUAGAUCAGAUGAACCCCAAAUGAUAGAAAUCCUGCAUCGCAGAUCAAAGGUAGGCACAAUAAUCAAAAACGUGACACGCUGCAGCUCCAGGAGGCGACGGCGCUUCCUCCUGCCUUGCUUAUUAACCAAGGAGAGAAUAUGGCUUUAACCGCUGAGUGUGUGUUGGCAUUUUCAGGCCAGGAUUAAUGUAAAGGAGCAAACCUUUCUACCUCGUACUGUAGAAGCAUUUACCCACGGCACCAUAGUUCACGCUCAUGCCACUCUCCCUGACAUGGACCUGUAGCUUGUGUUUCAUUGGAGCAAUGAAGCGUCUCAGUUUGCAUCUUUUUAACAGUUUACUCAUUGUAAUGUAACACCGUAAGUUAGAGCUGGAUGAUCAGUGAAGGGGGACGUGGAUAGUCGGCACAUUUUAAUAUCAUAAGUGCCUCAGUAUCUCUUCCGUCCCUUCCGCUGCCCUUGGCUCCUCCACUCCACCUCUCUGCUGAUCUUUGGAAUAAAUGAAAACAGACACUAAAACUGCUACAACCAAUUUCAUUAAUGUUUUAUUCAUGCCGAAAUAACCUUAUUAUCCAGAGAAUUAUGAAAUUAGUGUCAUGACAUCAUGCGGAGGCCUUUUGUGUCUCUCUCAGAAUCGUUUGUUUUUCAAGUAUUGACAUUUAUGCGGUGUGAUGUUUACAAUAUGUAAUGUGUUUUUAAUAUUGGAGCAUAGUUAUCAUCCAGCCUCAAAUCUCAUCAGUCAGGGGUGCAUUUAAUAUUGAACAUGUAAACAACUUUCUGCACCAGGAUAAAUUAUUGGCGGCUGCAUGCGCUACAGUAUGUACAUAUACUUAUAUAAUAUAGAUUUGACGAUAAAUAUGUUCCCCCCUGUUUGUGUUUGACUUCUGUGGUGGGAAGAUGGUAAGUUGUACUGUAAGAACACAGUGUGAGAUGAUGUAUCACAAAACUUCCCGGGACUGCUUGACUCCAGUCUCAUCCAAGUCAACAUCA